AUGUUUAUUUUCUUUAAGGACACAUGGGAUGCAUUUAAGAGCAAUGUCACUACAAUAUACUUUUUGGGAUUCCACAACCUAGACAAUUGUAAAUAUCUGCUGUUCACCUUGCUCCUUUUGACAUACUGUGUGACAAUACUUGGAAACCUCUUGAUCAUCAUGUUAGUAUUCUUCAGCAGAAUGCUCCACUCUCCCAUGUACUUCUUCCUAACACAACUCUCCAUUUCUGACAUCAUGUUGACCACUGACAUUGCCCCAAACAUGCUCAAUAUUGUACUACACGAGCAAGCUUCCAUAACCCUUUCUGGCUGCAUCGCUCAACUAUAUAUCUUUGGCUUUUCAGAAGCAUCUGAAUGUCUUCUCCUGACAGUGAUGUCCUACGACCGAUAUCUAGCCAUCUGCUCUCCUUUGCACUAUGCCUCCAUUAUGAACCGGUUGCUUUGUCUUAAGUUAGUUUUCACAUCUUGGCUUUUAAGUUGCUUCAUAGAACUAACUUUAACACUUUGCAUAUGCAAUCUACAGUUCUGUGGACCAAAUACUAUUGAUCAUUUUUUCUGUGAUUUUAAUCCUGUAGUGGAACUUUCUUGCUCAGACGUGUCCAUAGUUCAAAUAGAAGCUAGUUUGAUGUGCAUUCCCGUGAUAGUCGUACCAUUUUUCAUGAUAUUAGUUUCAUAUACCUACAUUGUUUCAACCAUAGUAAAGAUAUCAUCUUUUUCAGGGAGGCUGAAAUCAUUUUCUACUUGCAGCUCUCAUCUGACAGUUGUGUUUAUAUUUUAUGGAACACUAAUUGCCAUGUACAUGCUUCCAAAUGAUGGCCAAUCGCAAUGGAUAAAUAAGACGCUGGCUAUGUUCUACACGGUGUUUACUCCCCUUUUAAAUCCUUUCAUAUACAGCUUGAGGAAUAAAGAUAUCAAGGAUGCUUUGAAAAAUUGUGUGUUUAACAAAAAGUAUUAUGAUCCAAAGCCUUUGGUUAAAAUUAAAUAA